CCUCCCCACAACAGUUCCCGACCUCUGACGAGCAUUCAAGCUGCCACAUUGAAGUGGAACAAAAAGACAACCUGGCAGCAAUUUCUACACUCCCUCCACUUUCUCCGGGGUAGUCACGGGAUUUCAAUGUUCAGCCUGCUCUUUGGUUUCUGUGUCGACUUGAGCCGUACCUAUAUGGCGUGUGUGAGUGGAGAAUUCUGCCAGGCACAGCACCUCACCUCCGCGGAGAAGUGAAUCGGCCGCCCCCCGAGGGACUACGCUACCCAGAAACCCCCCUGACCGCCAGCACGCUAGGAACUGCUGACUCAUCCAAAGCCCCCCCCCCUGGGAUACUGCGUAGUCCUUGGCCCCACUGCCCCGGCUUGACCCAACCAAUACGCCGAACCUUUGCUCGCCGCUUUCUUCUUGAACAGCCAAUCACAAACAGCUCUCCUGAAUGGGCCGUCUCGCCAACAUGAACCGCCCCGCUGCAGUCGAGAUUGCCUACGAGUGCAUGAGGUUCCUCAUCACCCACAACCCCACCAACGCCACGCUCAACAAGUUCACUGAGGACCUGAAAAAGUGUGACGUGAACACGCUGGUGAGAGUUUGUGAUGCCACUUACGAUAAGACUCCGGUGGAGAAGGAGGGGAUUCAGGUCCUGGACUGGCCCUUCGACGACGGCGCCCCUCCUCCAACCCAGAUUGUGGACGACUGGCUCAAGCUGCUCAACACCAAGUUCCGAGAGGAGCCCGGCUGCUGCGUCGCCGUGCACUGUGUUGCAGGACUCGGACGAGCUCCCGUCUUGGUGGCCUUAGCCCUCAUUGAGAAUGGGAUGAGGUAUGAGGAUGCUGUGCAGUUCAUAAGGCAGAAGAGACGCGGAGCCUUCAACUCCAAACAGCUUCUUUACCUCGAGAAAUACCGACCCAAAAUGCGUCUGAAGUUCAAGGAUACCAACAGCCACAACUGCUGCGUGCAGUAGGCGGCCUGUGCGUGCCGCUUUGUCGUGCACACGUCGUAGGGGGAUCUUCCAGCGACGGGAGAUUAAAAAAAAAGAAAAAAAAAUGAAGAGUGCAUCAGUAAUUAUUGUGAUGAUUUGUCAACACUGAGUCAUGGUUAAUUGAUCAGAGAGCUAGUGAGCGAUCGAAUGAAUGAAUCCAGAUCUGGGGAUCCACCAGCCGAACCAAUGAAUGGAAGGUCAAAGCACACACGUAGGCCUGCCUCCCGGUUAUGCUGUUCAACCGCUGGCCAGAAUUUUCUUCUUUUUUUUGUGUCCAACUUGAGUCCAUCCGGUUUCUUUUUUUCUUCUUUUUUCCAGUUGUAAUCAUGGGAUGCCAUUUUCCAUUUUGUGAAUUUUAUUUUUUACACAACCCAAGCUGAUGAAAAGAUGCGUCGGUAAAUGAUCUUCAUUGAUAUUAUGAUUAGGCCAGAAUAAUGUACCAUUUUUUUAAAACAACAUUUUUAUCAUUGAACAGAUAUUGUGACUGUCCAUUUUGGUCUUUGGGUGUUUUUAUUUUUUGCACACAAAAAAAACUCAAGGUUCACCUGAAAAUGCAGUAAUGAUUUUCUUUUACCCUUCACUUGCUUAAAGUCACUUUCAGUUUAGGGGUUCACUCAGUUUAAACAUGUCUGAAAUAUUUAUUCACAAGAUAUGAUAUGUGUGGCAGUUAUGUGUUUGGCAGGGGCAAGGACACUUUGUUAUCAAAUACUUUUGUUGUUGUUUUUUCUUUUGAGAGCCAUUUUUUAUCUUGGAGUGCAAUAAUCAGUCCACCUCAGAUUAGCCCACCAAACCUGGCUGAGCAUCUCUCUCUCUCACACACAUACAUACACAUAUAUAUAUACACACACACACACACACAGCUCAUUAAGGCCGUUAAACAGGAAAAACACAACUCCUACAACAGGUACUUCUCCGGCUUUCAUUCAUUCUACUCAACAGGGCUACAAUAGGACUUCCCUAAGUAUACAUAUUUAAACUCACACAGAGCCUAAGAUUCAACCUGAAAGAAAAGGUGGAGAAGAAUGAAAAUGGUCAGUUUUUUAUCAGUGUACCCAUUUUGAAAACAUCCCCAAUUCGUAUUGGUAAAUAAAUUGAAAUAAAAAGCA